ACGUAGUUUGUACAAUUUUAACAUUCAUCAUGGUUUCGGGAAAGUUCACGUGUCUUGCAAUUUGCCUCGCCGUUUUAAGCAUCGUACAAAUAAUCAACGAAACAGAAGCUAAUCCACAGAUUGAUUUGCUCGGUGGCUAUGACGUCAUUGGCAUCUGUAUCACGAACUGCGCACAGUGCAAAAAGAUGUUCGGUGAAUUCUUCGAGGGUCAUCUCUGCGCGGAGUCUUGCAUCCAGUUCAAGGGUAAAAUGAUCCCGGAUUGUGAGGACAUCAACUCGAUCGCUCCUUUUCUGAACAAACUAAUCUAGUUCCCCAGCAAUGCGGCCCGACAUCAGCUA